UUAUUGAAUAGCAUUACUCGACAACUUUUAAACAGAAAAAAUUGUGCAGAUUUUCGCUAAACAAAAGCCGAAACUCAUAUUUUUAUUAUAAAAAAAUAAGAACUACAAAAAUAAUGACGGUAACUGAAAGUAAUGUCAAAGAUACCGAAAUGGAAGUAGAUCCUUCCGAUGAAAGCUCAAAUGCUGAUGGAAAAAAAGAUCUAGAUGUCGUUCAUAUUUUAGAAAUCCGGGAACACAUACGAAAAAUAGAUAAAGCUGUGAUUAGUAAUGAAUAUCGUUUCAUUGCCCGAGUUUUGAGGACAUUGCCUAGUACUAGACGUAAACUCAAUGGCAUUGUAUUGCGCUACUUGGCUACAAUUGUUUAUCCAGCGGGGGCUGAACGUGAGGCCGCUUUAGCAUUUGCUCCUGCUGUGCCAGCUGGCACUCCCGAGCCGAAAGUACAAAAAGUACGUCCUGCUACUACAGCUCCCAUUGUUGAGAUCGAUGCCUACUUCCAUCUGUUGCUGUUAGUUAAAUUGAUCGAUGAUAAUGAACUUAAAAAGGCUUCAUCUUGUUCCGAUGCUUUAUUGGCUAAAAUCCAAGGACAAAAUCGUCGUAGCUUGGAUUUGAUUUUGGCCAAAUUUUAUUUCUACCACUCGCGUGUUGCUGAACUCACCAACAAUCUGGAAGGAAUACGUCCUUUCCUGCAUGCUCGUUUACGUACUGCCACACUACGUAAUGAUUUUGAGGGACAAGCUGUGCUAUUGAAUUGCCUAUUGCGCAAUUAUCUUCAUUACUCUCUGUACGAUCAGGCCGAUAAAUUGGUUAAAAAAUCGGUAUUUCCCGAAUCAGCCAGCAACAAUGAAUGGGCACGUUUCUUGUAUUAUUUGGGUCGCAUAAAGGCCGCCAAGUUGGAGUACAGUGAUGCUCAUAAACAUUUAGUGCAAGCUUUGCGUAAAGCACCACAAACGGCAGCUGUUGGUUUCCGUCAAACCGUACAGAAACUAAUCAUUGUUGUAGAGCUACUUUUGGGUAAUAUUCCGGAAAGACAGGUUUUCCGUCAGGCUGCUUUGAGGAAAUCUCUAGCUCCCUAUUUCCAACUAACUCAGGCUGUACGUUUGGGUAAUUUGAAGAGAUUUGGCGAAGUAGUGGAAAACUUUGGCCCCAAAUUCCAGUUGGAUCACACUUAUACUCUUAUUAUACGUCUGCGCCACAAUGUGAUUAAGACCGCCAUACGUUCGAUUGGUUUAUCCUAUUCCCGCAUAUCUCCCUCGGACAUAGCCAAGCGUUUAAUGUUGGACUCUCCCGAGGAUGCUGAAUUUAUUGUAGCUAAAGCCAUACGCGACGGUGUCAUUGAGGCUACUUUAGAUCCUGCCAAUAAUUACAUGCGCAGCAAGGAAAGUACUGAUGUUUAUAGUACACGCGAACCUCAAUUGGCUUUCCACGAGCGUAUUUCAUUCUGUCUUAAUUUGCACAAUCAAAGUGUUAAGGCUAUGCGUUAUCCACCUAAGUCGUACGGUAAGGAUUUGGAAAGUGCCGAAGAACGUAGAGAACGUGAACAGCAAGAUUUAGAAUUGGCCAAGGAAAUGGCUGAGGAUGAAGAUGAUGGUUUCUAAACCAAUUACUCUUAAUUCAUACAUACAUUAAUAUUCUUUUUUUGCUUAGAAGCUGCGCUUUUUAACUACAACUUCUUCAUAUAUAAAACGAUAUUUAACAUUAAACACAAUAAAUGAAGUUUAAUUUUUUUGUAA